AGUACCUACUCUGUGACAAGCCUAAACAAAUACACAAUGCUUUUGGUGAGGAAUGCUUCAAGUCUUGACACGACUGGUGCCGCUGAAAGCGCAGCGGACUCAUCAAUGGAAUAAUCUCCAAAGAAUAAAAAUGCCAGCGCAGUGUCUCACAAUGAUUGAAGUAUCCAUCCCGUCUUUGGAGAGAGCAGUGGACGAAUCAGGAAAGUUACGGAAACUUUUCAGAGUGGAGAUACUGUUUAAUGGAAGAAAACACUUUGUGCUGAGGCGUCACACAGAGUUCCAGAAUCUCCACAGAAAGCUGAAGAAAAUCCUGCAGACCCCAGACUUCCCCAGCAAGCGCAGCCCCCACCUGAGGCAGAAGCCCCUGGAACAGAGAAGGCAGGAGCUGGAAGAGUACAUCCAGGAAAUUCUGUAUCUAAAUGAAGAGGUUCCUCAGGAAAUACUUGAUUUUCUACAGGUCAAGCAUUUCCAUUCAGUGAACAAGAUCUGCAGUUUUGACUCACUUGACAACUCCCAGGCUAGGGACUUCAGUAGUCAGCUACUACACCAGCGUGUGGUGGGCUUCUCCAAGGACCCCUAUCUUCUGGACUCAGGUUCAGAUCUCCCAGAUGUGAUUGUGGAUGGUGUGCUCCAGGGCCUGUACCCCAGGGACAUCCGGGUCAGCUUCACUGCCUGCACCAAACCAAACAGCACUGAAGGAGGUGCUUCAGCCAAAGGCCCCAGGACCACAGACAAAGUUUGCCAGCCUAAACUGCCUGUCACAGACUCAUAGGAACUGAACGCAUUUCAGGCAGCAGGGAGAUGGCAGCAUCUUUGAACGGCUCUUGGCAUUUAGAACCUUUUUUCUUUUUUUCUUUUUUUUAAUGGUUCCUGUAAAAAAAUGUUUUCAAUUUCUUAUAUUGGAUGAGAAUAUGUGCUUGGGACACAUUAACUAAAAACCUGGUCAAUGAGCAUGCUAAUGUUUCAGGAAUUUGUAUCUUUGCAUUUCAAAGAAUCCCCCCUGGUACGGUCAUAUUGUAGAUCACCUCUUGGAACACACAUUUUUGGUCCAGCAGUCAUUUUUGCCAAAGGUGCAUUAAAUAAAAUAUUACCACUAGGUACAAAAGCUCAACAGCCGUUUUCUCCAGCAGUGCUACACUGAUUUCACAUUUUCAUAUAAUUACUGCUAUGUACAUUAGACAUUCUUAGUUUAAUCUGUCAAUUACAUUUACAGGAAAAAAUAUAUAUAUAUUUUAAGUUAAUUGUAUAAUGUCAAUGCAUUAUUUUUCAUUAAUGAAAUGUUGGUUAACCGUGGACUUGUUUACCCAUUUAAUGAAUAAAUAUGCUUCUCAUCAAGUACCAGAUCAGAAAAA